AUGAGACAUCCAGUCAAAACGGGCGUCAGGCAGGCCGGCAUGAUGUAUGCCGUGUUUUUUCGAAAACAGCUCGGUUUGUUGCUGAUCCGGGAGGCACAGCUUGCCCGCGCCCGGCUCGGCGACAUAUGUUUUUCCUGUGAAGAACGCCUCACGAAAGCUUUGAAGCUCGGCUCGGUGUACUAUUGCAAGCGUUGCUACCAAGAUAUCAACCGUUGGACGGGCUCCCACGGUGGCUGCGGUGAUGCCCGGGCUGACCACCUCAAUGGCCGUGUCGACUAUAGAGGUGUACGUGAUUGCCGGCAAUGUAUGGUUGAGAUGGCGAUCGUCCACGGCUGGAUCCCGAACACGCAACAAAUUGGGCUCUUCCGUGCAGCCGGCGUCUCCAAUGGCCUGCUCGCUCAAGUCGAGGGGACCGUCGACAGAAUGGGAAUGGAUUUUAUGUUGACGGACAAAAACAAGCUGCAGUGGGAGAAGGGCAACCGCGGCUCCCAGACGCUCGAAGUGACGAACAAUUGCGCGACCCAGCAGGACCUCAAGGUGAACAUCCAGAUCGAUGCCCGCGCAAAGACCACAACGACGGCCAGCAUGCGAAUUUUCUACCAAUCGAACCAGGGCAACGACGACGGGCUCAAGAUUUUCGCGGAGAAAGCUAAAAGGAACCCUCCAAUGUCCUUUCCGGCCCUCGUCGCUUAUGAUGGUGAGGAAUCAGACCCCGAGAUAUCGCCCAUUUCGGAUAUCUCCAAACCUGACGCGCCCACUCAUCCGCCAUCACCCGUCAAGGUCGCCCAGAAGAAGUCCGAUACUUGGGAAGACGAUGACUCGUUCGGGAUAAGAACGAUCAAAGAAGGAAGUGGUUCCCCGCGUGCUUCUACUUCCUGGAAUUUCGACGAAGGGCCGAAAGAUUCACCGGCCGCGCAAUCACAGCAAUCGCUUCCGGCGGUGAAUGGCACGGGCGGGAUGUCAAAGGUGGCCAGCCUUCUGUCGCUAGCUGAUUACCAGGUGGAAGAGGAUUCGUUUGCUAAGUAUGAUAGAGAGCACGCCAAUGAUGACUUUGAAACUUCACCGACGCAAAACUCCAGCGCUUGUAGCGGGAAUUCGGAGGGCAGCGAUGAGAGGGAUGAGCCGCGGCCGCCGGCUAGAGAGUCUGACGACGAUGACAUUGAACGCUUGUUGGCAGCCGGGAAAGAAGCUCGGAUCACCCCGACAAGUCAGUUGGAAGAUGGCUCCAGCCCAAUGCCGGACGGUGCAGGGGAUCAAGCAGCUACUCCGGAAGCCGACAGGGAACCCAUUGAAAUCCCAUCAGACGCUGAAGGUGAACCCGACCCGGAAGUGGCCUUGAAAUUUCAACGAUUGUUCGAGCGCAAGGCCCAGGGAUAUAACAUCAACGAUCAACUUCUCAAUAGUCGCACCUUCACCAACCCGAGCGGCUACGUCAUCAUCAAAGAAAAGUUCGGCAUCAACGAGCUGGGCACCAAUUUCCCAAAGCACAUCUACGAUCCGACCAUCUUCCCCGAGGACUGCUUCUACGAUAAGCUGAGCGAGGCGCAGAAUCGAAUGAUGACGCAAGAAGUGGCUGGGCCGUCAAGGAGGAAGAAGAAAGAAGAGCAA